UUAUUGGAAUAACCUACCUCUCUUGAACUCAUAUGUCAUUCACAUAGGAACUUCUUGAAUCACACUUUAAUCCUUUCCAAAUAGCUAGGAUUUUCUAUUGAUAAUGGGGAAGAGACCAAUAAUAAACAGCUUCAUUUUCUUGGCUCUUCUUAUUCUCUUGCAACAGGAACCAAGCCAUGCAAGAACAAACCCUGCAGGCCAAGGCUUUGCGAAAACCAGUGGGACCCAUUUUGUGAUGAAUGGGAGGAGAUUGUACCUCAAUGGGUUCAAUGCAUAUUGGCUGAUGAACAUGGCAGUUGAUCCUUCGACAAGGGGGAAGGUGACAACCACAUUCCAACAGGCUUCAAAAGAAGGGAUGAAUGUUGCAAGAGCUUGGGCUUUUAGUGAUGGUGGUUACGGAUCCCUUCAAUCCUCUCCGGGCUCAUACAACGAGGACGUUUUUAAGGGACUGGACUUUGUGGUUGCGGAAGCUAGGAAAUAUGGGAUCUAUCUGAUACUCACACUUGUGAACAAUUGGGAUGACUAUGGUGGCAAGAAACAAUAUGUUCAAUGGGCAAGAGACCGAGGCCAAUCCAGCUUAAACAACAAUGAUGAUUUUUACACCAACCCUGUUGUCAAAGGAUACUUCAAAAAUCAUGUGAAGACUGUCCUCACAAGGGUGAAUUCGAUUAGCGGAGUGGCCUAUAAAGAUGAUCCUACCAUUUUUGCAUGGGAGCUAAUGAACGAACCUCGUUGCCAAUCUGACCUUUCUGGAAAACCUCUCCAGGACUGGAUCACAGAAAUGGCAGCGUACGUGAAAUCCGUCGACAAGAAUCAUCUUCUCGAAAUCGGGCUAGAAGGGUUCUACGGAGAUUCGAUGCCAGAAAAGAAACAGUUCAAUCCUGGUUAUCAAGUUGGGACGGACUUCAUUUCCAAUAACCGGAUACCCGGAAUCGACUUCACUACCAUUCAUCUCUAUCCCGAUCAAUGGGUACCGGGAUCCGACGAAGAGGCCAGGGCCGCAUUCGUGGAGAAAUGGAUCCAAGCCCACAUCCAGGACUCCAAAUCAGUGAUCCAGAAACCAAUCCUGCUAUCCGAGUUUGGCAAGUCCUCAAAGUCAGCUGGGUACAGUGUGGCCAUGAGGGACAACUAUUUCCAGAGCAUAUACAACACCGUGUACACUUGUGCCAGGACUGGGGGCCCAUGUGGGGGUGGGCUCUUCUGGCAACUCUUGGCCUCUGGAAUGGACAACUUCAGAGAUGGGUACGAGGUUGUUUUGGAAGAAAGCCCUUCCACUGCAAGCGUAAUUGCUCAACAGUCUCAGAAGCUCUCUGCUCUCGAGUCUUGAUCACUGAGUGACUAGCUAGGAAGUGUUGUGAUUUUGUGUGUUUGUGGUUGUUUAGUAAAGAAAAAAAAGCUAUGGUUUUGUUGGGCAUGAAGUAGUAAUAAGUGGUUUCUUUAGUUUCAAUGUAAAUACGGAUCGUUUUUGUUGUACCGCUUGCAUGGGUGAUCUCGGUCAUGUAAAAAAUAAGUACGUGCCUUUUGUAUGUCCCUACAAAAUAAAUUGCAAGUACUAGAUUUGGUUA